GCCCCCUCCCUGCCUCUCAACUGUGUAUAAAGCACUGUCAGUCUGCCCCAGUUCCUCACACACAGCGACUUUUCCCCUCUACCUGCAGAUCAACGGACAAGGCGUUUAAGUGACGGAAGCGUUGGCGUUGGGUGAGAUGCUGGGGCUGCUGGCGGUGGCGAUGGUCGCGGCGCUGGUCGCUGGUCCGGCUGAGGGACAAUUUCUGACCAAGUGCGAGCUGAAGGCAGCGCUCGAGGACGCACUGUUGGAGGACAAAGGCGGCAGGAAGGGGGCGUUCAAUCUGCAGGACCUUGUGGCCAAGCUCAGCAAAGCCGAGGUCAACCCGACCCUGGUGACUGUCAUUCACCCCUCCAGGCCAGAGGGUGCGACUGAGCCGGCUGACAAGCCAGAGGGACCCGAGCCUGUGAUUCCUCCACUGACCAGGCCGGUCCGGCAACCACUCCAACUGAGGCAGCGGGCAGUGAUGGGCAGCAGAGGCUGCAUCGAGAUACGGUUCAGACGGUGGGUGGUGACAAUAUGCAUAAGAGCAGAAGAGGCGCGAAACAACCCGUUGAACCCGUUGAGCCCAUUGGAUACACCUUCACUUGAGCUAUGCCAGAUGCGCUGCAGUGAUUUGAUGGGCAUCAGGGAUGACAUGGCCUGUAUGAAGGAACUGAAGAGAGACCAAGAAAAUAUGAUGGCCAAAAGGUUUCCACAGAAAUGCUCCGUUGUUCGUUCGGACUACUUCGACGAGUGCCCCUGAGUGAACACGCGGACACUCACACUUCUGUCACUCAACAUAUCCACUAUUAGUUCUAAUGUCUUUUUUCUGCCAUGAGUAAAUGUGACCUUGUGAAAUUCUUGAGCAAUUCAACAUUUGGUAACAUAAUCCAGUCAGUUGUUGGCCUACCAACACCUCUGCGGAUUCUGCUC